GGAAGUAGUCACCCCAGCGCGGUCCUCCAUUGGCCCGAGCCGCUGUCAGUCGAGGCUGCCUCACGUUGAGCCCCGUCCUCUUCCCCGGCUCCGUGUCUGCUCAGACAGCCGUCAUAUUGGUUGCUCCAGGCAGAGAAGAGGAGUCCCACCAUGAUGAGGAACGGACUGUCACGGCGGUUAAAGAUCAGUUUAGCGUUCAGGUCGCUCUGACCAGUGUUUUUAGGGAUUUAUUAUUUAUUUUUUUAAAUAUUCGGGAUGAUACCAUCAAGAAUCAGUGUUCGUUCUGCGCUUUCGUCCGACGCCGUGGUCCUCUGGGGGGAUAUAUGCCCGAUUUUUCUUCAUAGCCAUUUUUUACAGACAAAGAGAGACGUUGAGUAGGGCUUCCAGAAAGAGAGGGGUCCGAGGGGCUCCUUUUCCUGACGACAGUGGGCAACAUGUGGAGCAGCCUGAAGAGCAGAUGCCAGACUCUCUUCCACAGCACGGGAUCGGCUGAAAGCAGAGUAGAGGUAGAAACAGUCCAGUGUGUGGUGGAUCUGGGUGAGACAGACAACGCGGUCGAGACCCGGGGCCCUGCCGCUGCCACCGCCAGCCCGUCAUGGCGCCUCAUGCCAGUGCCGGUGGUCGCCACAGGACGCCGCCAUCAUAACUGCGUGUCGGACAUCCCUCAGAUCGUAGAGAUCUCCAUCGAUAAGGAGUCGGAGGAUUCCAGAGGAACAUCUGGUGGUGUCCCGAUGGCACGGAGGGACUCUUACUCCCGACAUGCUCCUUGGGGGGGCAAGAAGAAGCACUCGUGCUCAACAAAAACCCAGAGCUCUCUGGAAGCGGACCGGCGUUCUGGGCGGCUGAGAGGCUGUGGGAACCGCCGUGAUCGGCGUUACGGUAUCAGCUCCAUCCAGGAGAUCAACGACUCUGGAUCUGGAGGGCGGAGCCUGAACACUCGCUCGCUGCGCCAGCGGCUGAGCGACACGGUCGGGUUGUGCUUGCCCCUACCUGCUCGGCAGCGCUCGCACCCUAAGAACCCCAUCAACUCCAAACGGAAAAUCCACCUGACCGAGCUUAUGCUGGAGACUUGCCCCUUCCCGCCGGGCUCCGACCUCGCACACAAGUGGCACUUGAUCAAGCAGCACACGGCGCCAGUCAGCCCUCAUUCCUCCACCGCAUUGCUGGACGCCUUCGACCAGGCCCACCCGUCGCCGGAGGACGAAGAAGAGCGCCUGCGCGAGCGCCGCAGGCUCAGCAUUGAGGAAGGCGUUGACCCACCUCCCAAUGCACAGAUUCACACUCUGGAGGCUUCAGUGCCAGGCCCAUCUCUUUACAAACUUGGACCAAAGAUGGCUCCCAGCAUCGGCGAGGUCUCCGGGGAAGCGCGCACCGGCGGAGCGUCCGGCUCAGCAGGCGCUGCAUCGUUGGGGGCGUGCGGAUCGAUAUUGGGGGCUACGGUGGCGUCCCAAGACUGCGACUCUGAGGAGGACUCCACCACCUUAUGUCUUCAAGCCCGCAGGCCGAAACAGCGGCACGCCUCCGGAGACGGCCACCAGAGCCGGCAGCAGCCCGGGCCCUGGAAGGUCCACACCCAGAUAGACUACAUCCACUGCCUGGUGCCGGACCUGCUGCAGCUCACCGCCCUGCCCUGCUACUGGGGCGUGAUGGACCGCUACGAGGCCGAGGCACUGCUGGACGGCCGGCCGGAGGGGACCUUCCUGCUGCGUGACUCGGCCCAGGAGGACUACCUUUUCUCCGUCAGCUUCCGCCGCUACAACCGAUCGCUGCAUGCCCGCAUCGAGCAGUGGAACCACAACUUCAGCUUCGACGCCCACGACCCGUGCGUCUUCCACUCUUCCACCGUCACCGGACUUCUGGAGCACUACAAGGACCCCAGCGCCUGCAUGUUCUUCGAGCCGCUGCUUACGGUGCCUUUCAACCGGACCUUCCCCUUCACCCUGCAGCACCUGGCCCGUGCCGCCAUCUGCCGAUGGACCACUUACGACGGGAUAGGCUCCUUGCCUUUGCCUCCCGCCCUGCAGGACUUCCUCAAGGAGUAUCACUAUAAACAGAAAGUACGAGUCCGCUGGCUAGAGAGGGAGCCACCACUCAAGGUGAAAUAAGACGGGCCAAUUACAGAACUACUUCGCCCGUUGAGAGGCCAUACUGACUUGGCUUCCUUUCUGUUGGAGAAUAGAAUCAAGUAUAACAAUCUAAAGUUCAUUCUAAUCUCUGUUUUUGGUAUUAACUUACAUCACUGACAAUACAUGAUUAUAUUCAGUGUAAUGCUGUCUGUCAAGCACGUUUUUAAGCUGAACAGGUUCCUAUUUUUGUGCUGAACGUCUGUCCUGAACCCCCACCACGACCACCAACCCACUCGUACACCUGCCUGCAUGCCCCCCCCUCUCUCUCUUCAUACCAAAUUACUAUUUCAAGCUGUACAGUUCACUUUGUGCGUCCCUAUUUACCUUCAGAAACACUUCGUAGAGCACCUUACUAGAGUGGAGAGGGCAUCUGCAGGCGCCUCCUGUUAUUCACGAUGCACUCGUUGCCUCCUGUUUGCAUGCAUGAGAUCAGCUAAGCCACUUUAAAGGUGACCUAUUAUGCUUCCUUCAACAGGUUAGGAUAGAUCUAUGGUCUGUACCAGGGGUGUCCAAAGUUGGUCCUCGAGGGCCGGGAUCCUGCAUAUUUUAGUUCUCUACUUGGUUUAACGCUCCUGGAUUAACGGAUGGCUCAUUAGAAGGCCUAAGAAGAUUUUGGUAUUUUGGUAAUACCAAAAGUAACAACCUUUUGACAUGCUGAAAAGCUUGUUACUACCAGCAGGGAGAGAUCUAAAACAUGCAGGAUGCCGGCCCUCGAGGACUGACUUUGGGCACCCCUGGCCUAUACAAAACAUUUCCAUUCUUUUUUUUUUCCCACAAAACCAUUUUUGGAUAAUGAGAUGUUAGCAUGUUCAGUUCUGCUUAGAAUGAGCUCAUUUGGGGCGUCUUGUCACUUUAAAUCUAAAUAAGCUGCUGUCUACCAUCCCUUUGCCCCCCCAACUCAAUCUUUACACUCUUACGUGAAAAUGGCUGCAGACAGAUGCACAAUUAUACAACUAUGCAUCUUUAAAAAGCAUAAGUCAAAAAGAACCGGGCAAGUGAUUGUAAAUCAACAACAAAACAUACAGCAGUAAAACCAGCUGACCAAAUGUGCUGCAGCGCUGCUUGGGUUGCUAGGUAACGGGGAUGGGGUUGCUAGGUAGCAGCACAGUGCUUGUGGAAUGUGACUGAACAAUCUGGAGGUUUUUGAAAUGGCUCAAUUUCCAGACACCUUUUUUUUUUUUUAAAGCGCUGGUUGUUUUCAGAAGGAGCUAAAAAAUGGAAGUACAAAAAACUUGCAAAAUUUGAAUUUUGCAUAAUAGGUCCCCUUUAAAACCUAGGCAUAUGGAUUCAGAUCGGUAAACUGAUUUAUUCAUUAUGACAGUCAUAUCUUCACUAUCGGUGUUCGUCCAACGGUCAGGAACUCUGCUGUCGUCAGCUCUGCAGUGUUAUUUGUCCUGAGCUGUUGCGUAGCCUUCAUUCCCGCUUUCUUGACCCAAAAAUCUGGUCCACUCAUUGCCAAGUUUACACAACGCCAGUCGGCCACGAUAUUAGGAACGCCUCUGUCAGACCCACCAUCAUUCAAAGAGAAAAUCCCACCUUUGACCCCAAGCAGGGUUCGCCCUGAGGUUGUCGUGUGGCUCUGGGAAGUGAACCGCUGUAGCUUUGGGUUGUAACAUCAUCCAAUUCACGCGUUAUUGUAGAUUUCUGCGAGAGCGUUUAACGUUGUGGCUAACAGGCGUCUCGUCAUGAACACGCCUUCAACUUUUUCCUCAUUUUGCCUCCUUACGACCACAAACCUCAGUGUUCUUUUAGGAUUUUGAAUGACAGGCAAGCAGAAAGCAGCUCAGAGUUAUUAGAUUUUUUUUGUUGUUGUCUUUUUAAACAAUACAAAUCUGAAAAGUGUGGCAUGUAUUUGCCCCCCUGAGUGAAUACUUUAUUGCAUCUAAUGGUACGUUUACCAACUUUACAGACUGGAUUUUUUCCCCAUUCUUCAUGCAGAUCAGAUGGAGAACGUCUAUAAAAGCUUCUUGUUAGGUUCUAGCUCUGGACUUUGACUAGACCAGAGGUCAGCAACCUGCGAUUUCAAAGCUGCGAGUGGCUCUUUGGACCUUCCACAAUGGCUCUUUAUAACUUUGGUUAAAAAUGAUGAAGACCUAACUAAUGAUUUAAAUAUACAUGUAAUAAGAAAAGCAGGGUUUUAAGUUUUUCCUUCAAUGUCUGCAUUGAAUUUGCACCAGUAAUGAUUUUAUUUUUUGGAAAUUAUGUGAACUUAUUUCUUAUGUCAUUUUCCACCGCUCACAAAAAAAUAUCUUUUUGCAAAAUUUUAUGUUUAUCUUUACUUUAAAUUAGAAAAAUAUGGAUAGUAGGUAUUAUCUAAAAUGAUAACUUCUCUUUUGAAAAACAUCUUGAAACAAGUUUUCAAUUCAAGAAUUAUUUAAAUAGCUUCCUGUAGUCAAUGAAUACUUAUAUUUUAAUAUAGAUAAAAACUGAUUCGAGAAAAAGGUGCAACACAACUUCUCUGACUCUUGUGGAAGAACUGGUUUUUAUUUAGAGGUAUCAGAAUAAAAAUACAUGCCACACUUUUCAGACUUCUAUUUGGAAAACAUCCCUUUUGUUCUGCUCUAUUACAUUCGUCUUUACAUACAGAGUGUUGGAAAACAUUUUUACAAAUCAAAGUGUAGCUCUGAGCCCAAACUGUUUUCGCACCUAAAGAUUUUCAUUUUCUUUUUUUUCUUUUUUAGCAUAUUCUCAAACAUUUCAGGUGUGACUUGGCAACCGCUGGCUGCCCUGUCACUUCUGUAAAUAAGUUUUACCUUUGUGCCUUUCAGUAGCCAUCGGUCUCAUUGCUUGAUAGUCUAAACCUGGAGCAAUAGGUGCUUUAACUCGGUCCGUUCAGAUGAGACCGGCCGAAUAACCGUGAAGAGGUGCACGAGCUUUAAGCUCACUAACUUUCUUGCACAUUAAAGAUUGCAGUUUAGUGGUGCUACGUCUAAUUAGGAGCUGAUCGUUAAAUUAGGUUAGUUUGUUACUGUUACUCACUAAUGCAUGUAUUAGUUUUUGUCACAAAGUGUUAGGUUGUUAGUGGGUCAGUAGGUUGCUGUUCUGCUGUAGGCAUCGCGGUCCAACAGAUUCUGGUCUGCAGCUGGAAUAACAAACACAGUUUAUCCUCUACUGCGAGCGUGUUUUUAACCGAAUCAUGUAAAACCCAACAAGUAUUAAAGAAAAUACAGCAGCAGGGUUGUUUGAAUUCACUGUGUUUUCCCAGUAAAAAACUGAGCUGCCUGAGGAAACAGUGUUGGUCCCCCUAACUGUUCAAGAAAAUGCAAAAGUGAAACUUCUUGGGACGUGUGAACAUGCAAUCCGUUUAAAACAAGUCUGGAAAACACCGCCUUUCUAUUUUUAGUCAACAUCACACAUGCAUUUUAAUAUUUUCCUUAUGUUUAAAGAAAAUGUCUGUGACCAAACUUUAGUGUUAUCCAAGCGGUUAUUUUAUUACAGAUUCAGAUCAAAGUUUGUCUUGAUCCCAAUCAGUUGGCUGAUGAACACCCAAAUAAAUGGAAAUAAGAAAGUUAUGUAGAAUUAAAUUAGUCAUCAGAUUUGUAACAUUUUAUUAUGUUUUUAAUUAAAGAUAAAGUAAUAUGUCAUGCAAAGAUUGGACCGGACAGAACCAGUUUUCAGCUGCAGGACUUUUUCGUUUCCUCAGACGCAAAUCUGAACCUCAUGCUGCAUGUUCACACUUCCUCGUGUUCAAAGUUGUUGUGACUUUUUUUAAUGUCUGACACUUUGACGUCCACCGAUCCGUUUAUGAAAUCAUGAGGAUAAAGUUGUAAUAUUACAUGAAUAAAGUCGAAUAAGAAUAAAGUUAUACAACAAUUAAGUUGCAUUAUUGCAAGAGUAAAAUUGUAAUAUUACAGGAGUAAAGUCGGAAAAUUUACAAGAAUAAAAUGUACGAAAAUUAAGUCGUAUGAGAAUAAAGUCUUAUAAUAGAUGUAAUAUCACAAUAAUAAUAGUGGUAAAAUUAUGAGAAUAAUCUCACAAGGAUAAAGUUGUAAAUUACAAUAGUCGUAAUAAUGCCAUAAUAAAGUAAUACUUCGGGAACUUAUACAAUAAAAACUUUAAAAUGAGGAAUGCUGAUCAUUUUGUGACGUUGUACUUUGGUAUCAGUUUUUCCUUAAUCUUUUAAAACAUCAGCUUCAAAUUAUCAGUGGCCAAACUCUAAAGAAGACGCAUGGACUUGAUAACCAUCAAAGCUUUAUUCUCAUAAAACAGCUUUUUUCUUCUAAUCUUACAACGUUCUUCUGAUAUUGCAACCUAUUUUUAUAAUCAUAUGUAAAAGUUGUUGUUCAACAGGGAGGCAGGUGUGACUGCAGUGUCGAAACCUGAGGCCUUUUUGUUCUGCAGGUUUUUGCGUCCUGUUGGUACUUUGGCGUGUUCUUAAAAUUGUUUCACCUAAACUUGUUUAUUUAUAAAAAAAUUAAAAUGCAGUUAGGUCCUACAACUCAGUCAAAAAGCAACAAAGUGUGUGUAGUAUUGUAUAGAUUUAUGGGGCCGUAGAGAAGGCAAGAGAUUCCUUUGAGUAAAUAGCACUUUAAUCAUGUAUUUGUGUCUGAAAGUGUUCGGUCAGCCACGCUUGUCGUUUGUUUGCCCUAAUCCCCAGAAUAUUUUACUUGAACUCAUCUGGAAAAGAAAGAAAAAUUAUAAUUUUACCAUAAUUUCUCAGUUUACGGAUCCAAUAUUCUGCAGAGAGCAAACAAAGCGGCGAAAAUGUUGCGCUGACCAGAUUCGUGAGCUGAAACCUACAAGUGUUAACACUGCAAAAACACACAAUCUUACCAAGUAUUUAUCUAAUUUCUGGUGCAAAUAUCUUAUUACACUUGAAUUAAGACUAAACUAGCUUGAAAGCAACUUAUCAGGAAGCUUGUUUGAAGUCACACGUGUCUAACUCAAGGCUCGUGGGCCAAAUCCAGGUCACCGUAGCUUUUUAUGUGGCCCUCUAGAUUCUAGACUAAACACUAAGUGUGUUUAAAUAUGUUACCAAUCAAAUCAAUUCAGUUUUUAUCUGUUUAUUGUCAAAUUGUAUCAAUCAGUCCCUCCAGGUUGCUGAGAAUUAUCGUGGAAAUUUAUGCAAAAUCAACAAAUCCCUGCAUAUCUGAACUAAUAAUUGGGAGUUUAUUGCUGAUUUUUCUCAAAAAUUGUCAAAAACCUUAUUUGUACUAAACAGCUGCCUCAGCCUUAAUUGAUUAUAGUCCUUGAUCUUUAUAGGGAGUAAUAAAAAGUUGCAUUUACUGUCAGAAAUAUCGCAGAUAUUUCCAAAUUAGCACCACAAACACUUGGAUUUUUAUUGCAAAAAAAUCCCAAAAAGAAACAUGAAAUCCUGGAAGGACUGAAAAGAUAAUCAGUAAUAUCAUUUAAUUUACAGAAUUAAUUGAUAUUUUAACAAUUUGUGAACAGUUUUUUUCAAUGCAUUCUGGCCUUUAAGAGUUUGACGCCCGUUUCAUCUUUAAUAUUGACGAAAAAGAGCUAGCUCCAUUGGCAGAUUAUUUCACUUAUAACAUGCAGGAAUUGUCUUAAGUACAUUUAUCUGCCAAAGGACUAGGGGAACUAGAACUUUUUCAUGAAUAUUAAGGAACUAUUUACCUUAAACAAGCUCCUUUCAAUUUUCAUUAGAAACAAGACUAAACAGAGUUGGUACAGUUUGGUGUUUUUGCAGUGUGGAUAAAACAGGCAGGGGGUCCCCGAAAUAUUUCACGGUGUGUGUGGACGGAGCCAGCGAAGUGAGGGGUGACCUCCGUGACCCCUAUGAACCUCUCUGCUCCCCGUCGUUUCCCUCUCAGGCCCAGUUUUCCCCAUGGGAAAUGUCCGACAUUAACCGUAGCACACGUUCGCCGUUUAGCCUGUAGAUUUAGCAGAAAGUUUUACAGAAAAGGAGUUUAUCCUCGCCUGCUUGUCUUACACACAACCCGGUCGUAUAAAACACGUUGAACCAGCAACACAAACAAAAUAAAUAAAAGGUCCUAUUGUAUGUUUGUUUUUUUCACACUCUUUGCUGUUAUGACACAGUUUUGUCACACUAUUUGAGCUUGAAAGCGACAGCAAUACCCCCACCAGCCACAAAGCAACAGUACGUCUUGUUUUAUGUUUCUUAUCUUUCCACAAAGAUAUAUUGUAAAAAUAAAUAAAAACAGCCUGGUUAUAUGCAAACAGAAAAAGAAAAAAUAUGUAUGAAAGUUAUUUUCCUUCUCCCUGAUAUGCUAUGGAGUGUAGUUUAACAAUGGUUGCAAUCCUCUGUCACUUUAAUGCUGCAUAUGCACAGUAGCUGCAAUGUGGAUGCAGGACUUGACGAUGAUGGGAGCUAAUGGUCAUUCAAACCCGGGGGCCGCCGCAGGCAGACGGAAACCGCUGCUCUCGUUUCUUCUGCUUUUUUUUUUCCCCCUCACUGUUUGUUUCCUAGUUUUUCUUCUUCUGCUGUCUAAGAUGUGGAGCGUGUAAAUGGCAUUAUUAGUUUCACAUUUCAGUGUCCUUUCUGUGUUUAUCCGUUUAACCAUUCAAGACAAGUUAAGAAAGAAUAAAAUAAAAUCCAGUCUUUUAAUCUGUUCAUUUUUAAUCAGAGCCGUACGAAGCGACACUUGUAGCUGUCACUCUUGGUGCUUGGCUUAUGCUUCAUUGUCUUAAUAUUCCAAAUAAAACUGUUAAGUGUAAUCCACACUGGCCCAAGA